GUGUUAUGAUUCAACCGAGAAGAGUUUCUCAGAAUAUGCUUGAGAGUUUAUUUGGAACAAUCAGAGAAAUGGGUGGUAAUUCUUCCACGCAAACUGUUCAAUCCUAUGGGUAUGCGAUAAACAAAUUAACAAUUACAAUACAAAUGACAUCAGAAAUAAAAAGCUUGAAUUAUGGUUUAGCUGAUGGUUUAGGCAUGCUCACUGAUUUAAAACGAAGAGUUAAGAUACUUUCCACUUUUAGUCACCAAAUAUUUCAAGAGCUUCUUAAUGAUGAUUUGCUUGAAAGAAUGCAGCUGAUUGAAUUUUUAUUAUAUGAAGAAGGUGUUGAAGCUUUUUUAGUAACUUUGUCAGAAAAAAUUCGUCAAAUGGCAUUAAAUUCUGUUCCAUUAAAAAAAAGCACACGGUCAACAAAUCUGGAAAAUAGAUUAAAUAAUUACAAAUGUGCAGCUUAUAUGCUACUUGAAAAAACCAUAAGAAUUAUGUUUAAACAAGCAUAUAGUGAACAAUAUCAUAGUCAGCUCAUUUUGAAUUAUACAGAAUCGUGGACUGUAUCUAAAAAAAUCGUUAGCUUAGAACUGGCUGAGGUAUCAAAGUUCCAAUAUAUUAUUGGAUGGACUAUAUAUAAAUUGACUAAAAAUGAUCAACUUACAUUAGCACAUAAAGAGUUUACAAAAAUUAGAUCAUGCCUGAAUGUUCUUAGCUUUGAAGAUAUAGAAUAUGUAUGUGACACUCGUUCAAAGAUGACGACGAUUAUUCCAGGGGCCAAUUUUAUUCAAUUUAUGUAUUAUUUAGAGUCACCUAUCCUUCAGUUAUUUGAAAAACAUAUUGAAUAUGAUUUAAAAAAUGAUGCAACAAAAGAGAAUAAGCUAAAAAUAAAGUCCAUUAUAUUUAAGAAAGAGAUGCUACCAGAAGAUCUUGACUUGGCACUUUGUCUGCUUAAAAUUUGGACUCGAGAUAAUGAAGCUAAAAGUGCAUUUGAGAAGGUAUUUACAUUGUCUGAUCUUAAGAUUCUUGUCCAAGCAUUUCAAAAUGAACCAGUAAAAAUGAAAGAAAAAAAAAAGUCUGUCCUUCUGGAUCUAUUGUUUAAUCAUUUGCAAAGCAGCUCAGAAUUUAAUAAAGAAAUGAAAAAGAAAGGUCAACUUUUUGAUUAA